AGAGAGACAAAGAGUGUGUCGCCAGGUUGCACCAAUCGUGAUUUCAGAGAGAGAGAGAGAACUUUGGUUGGGUUAGCAGCGAAUGACGUCGAAAGGAAGCGGCGGCGGCGGCGGUACAGUGGUGGAGAUAGAUAAGCUGAGCGUCGAACAGCUAAAGUCACUGAAAGAACAAGCCGAUCUGGAAGUGAAUGUCCUCCAAGACAGCCUCAACAACAUCCGCACCGCCACCUCUCGCCUCGAGGCCGCUUCCACCGCCCUCCACGACCUCUCUCUCCGUCCACAAGGUAAGAAAUUGCUGGUCCCACUUACGGCUUCCUUAUACGUCCCGGGCAAGCUCGAUGAUGCCGAUAAAGUCCUCGUUGAUGUCGGCACCGGAUAUUUCAUUGAGAAAACAAUGGCAGAAGGAAAAGACUAUUGUGAGCGCAAAAUCAACUUGCUGAAAUCUAAUUAUGAUCAACUUCUUGAGGUUGCUACUAAGAAGAAAAGCAUAGCAGAUGAAGCUGGAGUUAUCUUACAAGCUAAAUUGAAGCAAAUGGCGCCAGCAUCAUAGAAUCCAAGUUUUGCUAUGUAAAGUCAGUGCCAAAAUUGAAUUAAGAAGCCCUAUGUUAUAAUUUGCAAGUUUGUGACUCCAUAAAUACAAGCACCUAGUUUGCCUUCCCCAGAACUUAUAUCUCCAAUCUGGAACAUUUCGAUAUUGUACCGAGUGAUUUCACUUAAAAUAUUUUUGUUUCUUGUUUCUUUUUUUUUGUUUCGUCUGUGAGGGGGUGCCAAGUUUUGGACUUUUUGUACUACUGAAUAUCUUUGAAAGCACAUUAAUCUAACAAUAAGGAUGGAAUUGCAGCACAGCUUCCUGUGCAAUCAAUUUUGUGAA